AUGGUUAGGUACAGUAGUGAUGCUAUUCUUAUCCUGCCUGUGACUAGAGUGCUCUUUGGUUUGGCUGCAGCUGCAACUGCAGCUCAUGCAGCUGGUCUGGGGCUGGAGGAGGGCAUGGGCAUGGACAUGGGCAAAUUUCGCCCCAGGAUCUUGACCCUGGUCAACGGAGGACCGACGACGGGUACACGGUUGUGUGACCUGAUUCGAGCUCAUCUUAUUCUUGUCAUCUUGCGAAAUAUCGAAACACCAAAUACAAUUCGAGAUAGCCGUACUACAGUCAGAUCAUCAUCCUUCAAAGGAUUCAUCCAUUAG